AUGUCGUCUCUCGUUUGCUUCGCGACACUGUUCGCAAUGGCUGCAUCCAGCGCAAUUCAGCCCCUCAUGAUGCCCGGAGUGUCUCCCACGCAGAACGAAACCUAUCUGUGUGUUGGACAGGAGCUGGAAGAGGACGCGAACUACAUCAUCGGCUUCCUGCCGAACGCAUCGGCGCACGUAGCCCACCAUAUCCUGAUUUACGGUUGUUCGGUUCCUGGCUACCAUCAGAGAGAUACUCCGAGAGCGGUAUGGGACUGCGGAGAGAUGUCUACCGGCCAAGGAAGCGGAUACAUCCGAGCUCCAGUUUGCGCGGAGGGCAGCCAGAUCAUUUACGCUUGGGCGCUCGAUGCACCUCCGCUGGAACUUCCGAAGGGUAUCGGAUUCAAAAUCGGUGGCGACUCUGGAGUCAACUUCCUCGUUCUGCAGGUCCACUACGCAGACGUUUCAUCCUUCGUUAAUGGACACACCGACCGUUCGGGAAUCCGUUUGCAAACUGUCAAAGGAGACUCAGGUCUCGUCAAGCGGAGGGCAGGCGUUUAUCUCCUGGGCACCGGCGGGAUAAUGCCUCGGAAGAAAGAGACUCAUUUGGAAACGGCCUGCAAAAUUGAUCAAGACAUAACGAUGUACCCAUUCGCCUUUCGGACCCACACCCACAAAUUGGGCCAAGCGGUAUCAGGAUGGAAGGUCGCCCGGGAUCAAUUGACGAAAGAGAAUCAAUGGACUCUGAUCGGAAAGAGAAAUCCCCAGCUACCGCAGAUGUUCUACCCUAUCUCUCAAGCGCUGAAAGUCCAGAAGGGUGAUGUUCUGGCAGCUCGAUGCACGAUGUACAACUUCCGUGAUCACACCACUUUCAUCGGUUCGACGAACAACGACGAGAUGUGUAACUUCUACAUAAUGUAUUAUGUCGACGGAGAUCGCAUCCUCGACGAGAAAUAUUGCUUCAGCGCUGGCUACCCCACAUAUGACUGGGUGAGCGAUCAAAGGAUCAUCAACGUUCCGGACUGGGUCGAUGCAAGCGCGAGUCAGCUCUGAAGCCUUCCGUGAUACGCGACUGGGGAUGGCGGAUGGGCCGAAUCAAUCUGAAUCUCAAUUACCUACAAUCCCUGCGGUUCAUCGAAUGAUUUCGACGACGACUGUUGAGAGGUUUACCGCAAUGCCUUCGCUGUUGUAGACGAGAGGCGGAUGUCUUGUCCUUAAACGCCAGAGCAAUGCUGCCGUUGGCGGCCGGGACUGUGAUCACCGAAGAGCACUUAAUUGUGUCUCCGAUGAAGCCAGGGUCGUUCUGAAGCCGAUUGAGUUGUUCACUGCAAAUCCGACACUCUGAUUUCAGUUCAAGUUCCCUCACCGUGAGUUUCCUGUGAUCCCGCCGAGCAGUGUUUGGUUUCGUCGCGAGGCCUGAUGCCUCCGCCUAGGUCUUGAGCUCUUUUUCGAAGCUUCGUUCGAGGAACUCCCGAUACCGUCCGGAAUGUAGCUAUCCAUUGCAACCGACCGUCUG